AUGGCAUGGAUUCCUCUUAUCCCAGGGGCAGUGGCUGGUCUCUGGAAGGGCUAUGAGGAGAUAGUCGCACGUCCUCAAAGGAGAGCUCGCGAAGCCCAGCGGAAGCUCAGGGAGUCGGAGGAAAAAGAACGGGAAAGCGAGCAAAGACGGCUAGCACUUCUGAAUGAGCUUGGCUAUGAUACAGAUCAGCCAACGAUCACAGAAGACCUUAUAGUCAGCGCUCAGGAGACGGUGGGUUAUGCCACAGGCAAACAAAAUAUUGUCUUCGCCGGCAACGUCAAUGUUGGCAAAUCAUCACUCAUCAAUUCUCUUUGCGAUAAAGGCGGAAACGAUGAUGGUGCUGCCCGCGUGGGCUCUAAUCAAGUUACGAUGGGUAUAACUCGCCAUGAGAUUCCCAACCACCCAGAGAUGUUGCUCUACGACGUUCCCGGCGCGGGAACCCAGGAUGUGCCGGCAUUCCAAUACUACCACGAUCAAAUGCUGUAUGCUUUUGAUACUGUUGUCCUUGUCCACGAUACCACGUUGACCCAAGCCGACAUCCGCUUGCUCAAAAUGUGCAUCCUUUCCAAUCAAAAAUGCCUAGCCGUCCGAACUAAAUCCGACAGCUAUAUAAGAAACUACGAGUAUGAUAAAGAGUGCAACAACUUGGAGGAAGCAAGGCAGAUAUUUCUCAGUGAGGUCCGUGAAGACAUCGAGCGCUGCCAGGAGCAAAUCGCUGCCUCUUGGCCGGAGCGUGAAGUCCAAGUUAGGGAUUACGUUGUAUCCUCGCGGUCAAUGAGGAGCUUCAUGCGGCAAAAUGCGUCGCCCAAGGACCCGGCUACUGCUUACAUUGAUGAGUUGGAUUUUGCGUUUGCCUUGUCUCCUGCUCUGGUGGUGAAUGUUGACAACUGA